AUGUUUCCAACUCUAGAAAAGAAGCCACGGGUUUGUUGCGAACGAUCUUCGGAACCACUACCUAGAGAAAUUCCACCAAGUUUGUUAAAAGCCCGUCUAAUGGCCGAUGACAACAGCAUUGAUAUGUUCCUGCAACUUAAAGGAUUUGGAACAACUCAAGCAUUUUGGAAAACCGUAAAGAAUGGUUUUAAAAAAGUUCAAAAGUUUAUUUCAGCUAGAUUUGAUAAUCGACGUUCAUAUAAACCGUUCAGCACAAAAGCCACAGAGUUUCGUGAUACGUUAUUUUAUGCACGAUCAAAUGCGAUGACCAGUUAUCCUUCCGGUGGUUCACUGUGCUAA